UCUCAGCGCGCUUGUUUGCAAAGCUGUGGUACAGCAGUUUCUUUGGCUUUCUGCUACAAGCCCUCACUACACUCAAAACUCUCUCUCGACAUGUCGCUACUGAGUUUUACCCUACUAGUCGCAAGUCUAGUGACCCUCGUUUCCGGCCAUGGUUUCAUACAAGAACCAGCAGCAAGGCAAGUUUGCUAUAGAGAGUUCACGAAGUGCACCUCCGUACACUGGACACCAGACGAGCUAAAUUGUGGCGGCUUUAGCACUCAGAAUGAUAAGAAUGGCGGUAAAUGUGGAGUGUGCGGAGACGCAUAUCACCUUACAGACAAGGCUUUUGUGUACCCCGGAAAGUUUGCAUUAGGUGUUAUUACUGGGACGUACCAGGAAGGUCAGACAUUUACCAUCAAGCUGAGGAUAACGACGAAUCACAAGGGUUGGUCUGAGUUCCGCUUGGGAGACAUCGGGACCCCGCCCAUCACGCAAGCCAAACUGACUCACGUUUUGAAGUUAAAAGACGGCAAGACACGAUGGAUUCAUGGGUCUAAAAGUGGGACGUACAGUAUCGACGUAGUUCUCCCCCGUGGCCUGACGUGUCGACACUGCGUGCUCCAGUGGUGGUGGAAGGUCGGCAAUAGCUGGGGUUGCGAUAGCGAUGGCUGUGGUCAUGGACACGGACCACAAGAGCAUUUCGUCAACUGCGCAGACAUCACUAUCAAUCCAAGAAGCGGACCCCUCCCACCAACAGCAGCCCCUCCACCACCACCUACCACGGGUGCUCCUCCACCCGGUCCUGUGACCAACCAACCUCCCCCACCCCCUCUUGCUACCACCAAGGCCCCGCCCCCAUUACCUACCGCGGUACCUGGGGCCUGCAAGGCAGUCGGUGCUUGGGCGGGGCAAGCUAACGUGGACGCCUGGUGUAAUAGCAACUGUGCAGCGGGGUACUGUCCCGCUAGCAUGUGUUCAUGUCUCUAGACCCGGGACCCGCAUUACGCUGUGUUCCACACUUGGCUAUUAAAAGUUGCAAUGUUGAUGUA